AUGCCACUCACGAUCCGGCCCCUUCAUCCAACCUUUGCAGCGGAAAUCCACGGCGUUGACUUCUCAAAGCUACUAACAGAUGAGGUGUCCAAGGAGAUCAGGGAUGCCAUAUCCAAGGACACUGGAGCGCCGUCGCUGAUGGGCCGCCCCGAACUGACGGAUCAGGGCAACAUCGACAGCAACAGAAACGUCAUCAGCCCGAGCGAUCCUAGAGCUCAGAUCAGCAAGGGAAAUAUGCUCUUCCACGUCGAUAGCAGCUUCAAUUCUCGUCGGGCGAGCUAUUCCAUCCUCCUCGCGCACGAGAUCCCUCCCUCAGGUGGUGGCGGAAACACGGAAUUUGCAGACACGCGAGCGGCGUGGGACGAGCUCCCCGAGUGUUGGAAGCAGGGGCUGAUGGAAAAAGACUAUGUCGCGGGCCACUCGUUCUGGCACUCGCGCAAGAAGGCAUGUCCCGAGUUCUUUGCCAAGCUUGAGCCAGAGAAACACCCGAUGAGCAAGCACAAGGUCGCACAGCUCCAUCAGGCGAGCGGUCGGAUGAACCUAUUUGUGCCGUCGCAUUGUCAUCAUAUCGAAGGACUCCAGGCAGAAGAGGGGAGGGAGAAGUUGGAGUAUCUGUGUCGGUAUGCCACCUAA